AUGUACACACCCACGCGUUCCGUUAACGCUACCACCGAGUGUUUCAGGGCUUGGUGGGGAGAGAUUGCCGAUCGGCUUGCUGAUGUCAGCCCAAAUACUGUUAAAAAACAGGUGAAUACGUUUCUCGCAACGCGACUAAAUGUCUUACGACAUGUGGAAGAUGCAAUGGCUGAUAGUCAAGACAAACAAAAAGAAUAUGCGGAUGCUAAAGGAAGAAUAUCUGCUGUCUUUAAGACAAAGUUGCGUACGCGCUUUAUCGAUCCCUUUACGGUCGAUGCCAAGAAAGGCCUAGCGUAUACGCUUAAUUUUCCGCGCAAAUUGCGUACACAUCCCGUGUUCUAUGUUGGCAUGCUCAAAGCAUAUUGGGAUCCGUCCCAAGUAAACACUAAGGCGCUCGCGCCGAGCCCAUCGGCAUUGCCGCGGGACGGAUCAUCUGCACCAAAAGGUCAAGCUGACCCUGCAAUCGGGUUCGGCUCUAUUCCAGCGACUCGAGGCAGGAAAUCAUCGACUGUACAGUAUCACGGAGAGAGCGCACCUCUUGAAGAAGCUCGGCAUGAGCGUGUGCCGGUACACCGGACUCCUCUGGCUUUGCUUGAUGGACAGAGAAACCUUCAGUUCCAUGUUGAACGUCUACUGCAGAAGCGUCGCCACCAAGUAUCUGGUGAAGUGGCGGGGAUAUCCCGAGUCGUGGAACUCAUGGGAGUUCGAGGUUCCCCAUAG